AAGCAGUUCCCCGGAGCGUUUGCCCGUCAGAUGCUGCAGCCGUUUGCGGAUCCGCUGCCUCUCGACGAGGUUGCGCUGACAAGCCUCCUGCAGGCGCCACAUUGUGCUGGGAUCCAUUCACAAAAUAUUGUGUGUUAUAUUUUGCACCCGUUCGAAUUUACAAAAGUUUCCAAAGUUGCCAGAAAUGUAUUGUUUAAUUCCGCCGGCACUAUAUCGUUAUCGACACACAUAGUUAUCGUCGUACCCAAACGUUACAUUAACGUUAUAUCAAAUUGACAGUUCCAGAUAUAUCUGACAUUUAAAAUUACCUGGAAGUGUGCAAGUGCCACAAUCGUGCCACUUGCAGAUGACGCCGUAGAGCGCAGGAGUCGAGCGGAGUAUCAGAGAAACCUUGAAAAAAUCUUCAGCCCCCCAAAACCACCCCACCCCACACGACCCGCCACCCCUUUCCUACACCAGCACGCUGAAAGUACACAAAAGUGCAAGCGGAGCCACCAGUUUUGUGGUGUGAUCAAGUCGGUGGCGUGAUAAUCCCCAACUGUGCGCAUUUUAAGGAUUACAAUUGGUUUCUUGCACUCGCAAAAUAUGUCCAAAAAAAACGUUAGAGGCAAAAUUAUUGGCUCCCGUUUUUUGAGGCACCAUCCAGAUCUUGAUCUGGACCCGCAACUGGCCAUCAUAAUACCCGGAUCGACCCACGAGAUGAACUCGCUGAUCCGCUGCCAGCACAUGCACAAGCUCAUGCACACAAUGAACAACCUGACAAACGCCAAGCUGAGGUAUGUCCCGAAUCUGAAUCGAUUUGCGGUGCCGCACGGCUCCGAGCGUCUGGUGCUGAUCAAGCUGUCCGCGCAGCAUCAUCCCCACAAUCCCGAUGCCGCCAAAUUGAUGAAGGAGGAGGAUGCUUGCAUCUGCUUUGAGCUGCCGGUGGAUCGCUUUCCGGUGCACGCGCCCAUCGGCAGGAUAAUGUUCCUGUCGCCGAAGCUACUGCCGAAGGGCAUCAGUGUGGGCGGUGUUUUCGGACCCGGUGUACUGCCGCACAAGUUCUAUCCCAUCGGUAUGCUGUCGUCGCAGCAUAAGGGACCGACACCCCCGCUGUUUGUCGGCCGUCGCGUGCUCAAGGAGAUAAUGCGGGGUCUGGCAACGGAGCUCAUCACGCCGCUCUCCGCCACCAUUGGCAAGUCGUCGGCUGAGGCGCAGCUGCGCCUAUCCAGCUGCAACGUGGCGUUGGGCUUUGUUGGGGCCGAUCCAAACACAAUAACCAUCAUGAAGAGAUAUCUCGACAAUCCGCUACCGACGCAGUACAACAUUUACGUCCCGGACCUGACCAACAUGAGGGUGGUAAUGGCCACUGAAGCUGAUGCCCUGAUGCCAUAUGCCAUGACGGUGAUCUCGACGGUGGUUCAGCCACACGUCCCGUCGGUAUCCAUGGCCACCAUGAACUCUCCAGGCCCCAAAUUCAAGUUGCCCGAGGAGCUCUUUCCGCCAAAAAUCAUCGCCAGAGAGCCUGUGUUUCUGCCCACCCGUUUUCUGCCCAAGAACUUCGAGGUCGGCUGUGUGUUUGCACCUGGCGCACUACCAUACACUUGGUUCCACGGGCUACUGGUGCCCGAUAAGGCACCGCUUCAGCACAGCCCCAUGAUGUCGCCGCCCCUGUUCUUCGGACGCUGGAAGGCCAAGCAGCAAAAGCUCAGCGGCGGUGGGAAUUUGCCGCCACGUCAAUCGGUUCCAUUGCUCUCGAAUCUACUAGCAUCGAAGCUUUCGGUCUCGAAUCUACCAGCAUCGACAUUUUCGGCCUCAUACACUUCGGUCACGAAUCCUUUCGCCUCGAAGCCUUCGAUCUCGAAUCCUUCGGCCUCGAGCCUUCGAUUCCGACUCCUCGGUUUCGCAGCCUUCGAUUCCGACUCCUUCGGUCUCGAGCCUUCGAUUUCGAAUCCUUUGGCCUCGAAGCCUUCGACUCGAAUGCUUCGGCCUCGCAGCCUUCGAUUCCGACUCCUUGGUUUCGCAGCCUUCGAUUUCGAAUCCUUCUCGCAGCCUUCGAUUUCGAAUCCUUCGGUCUAA